GUCCGCGGGGAGCCCUCGCCGGGCGGGCCCGCACAGUCAAAGGCAAGUGAAGGUGGAAGCGGCCGCGGCGGCAGCAGACCCCAGAGCGCGCAGAGAGCACACUGACCCCUGACCCUGCCGCGCAGCCAAUAGGAGCCCAGCCACCAUGGCGGAGCUGCAGGAGGUGCAGAUCACAGAGGAGAAGCCGCUGUUGCCAGGGCAGACGCCCGAGACGGCCAAGGAGGCUGAGUUAGCUGCCCGAAUCCUCCUGGACCGGGGACAGACUCACUCUGUGGAGACACCGUAUGGCUCUGUCACUUUUACUGUCUAUGGGACCCCCAAGCCCAAACGCCCAGCGAUACUCACCUACCAUGAUGUAGGACUCAACUAUAAGUCUUGCUUCCAGCCGCUCUUUCAGUUCGGGGACAUGCAGGAAAUCAUUCAGAACUUCGUGCGGGUUCAUGUGGAUGCCCCUGGAAUGGAAGAGGGGGCUCCCGUGUUCCCUUUGGGGUAUCAGUACCCGUCUCUGGACCAGCUCGCGGACAUGAUCCCUUGCAUUCUGCAGUACCUGAAUUUCUCCACAAUAAUUGGAGUUGGUGUUGGAGCUGGAGCCUACAUCCUGUCACGAUAUGCUCUGACCCACCCGGAUACAGUCGAGGGGCUUGUCCUCAUCAACAUUGAUCCCAAUGCCAAGGGUUGGAUGGACUGGGCGGCCCACAAGCUAACAGGUCUCACCUCUUCCAUUCCGGAGAUGAUCCUCGGACAUCUUUUCAGCCAGGAGGAGCUGUCUGGAAACUCGGAGCUGAUACAGAAGUACAGAAACAUCAUCACACAUGCGCCCAACCUGGAGAACAUUGAACUGUACUGGAACAGCUACAACAAUCGCCGAGACCUGAACCUGGAGCGUGGCGGUGCCGUCACCCUCAGGUGCCCUGUGAUGCUGGUGGUGGGAGACCAAGCACCCCAUGAAGAUGCAGUGGUGGAGUGUAACUCAAAGCUGGACCCCACCCAGACCUCUUUUCUCAAGAUGGCCGACUCUGGAGGUCAGCCCCAGCUGACGCAGCCAGGCAAGCUGACCGAGGCCUUCAAGUACUUCCUGCAAGGCAUGGGCUACAUGGCCUCGUCCUGCAUGACUCGCCUGUCGCGAUCGCGCACGGCCUCGCUGACCAGUGCGGCGUCCAUUGAUGGCAACCGGUCCCGCUCCCGCACCCUGUCGCAGGGCAGCGAGUCUGGGACUCUCCCUUCAGGGCCGCCAGGGCAUACCAUGGAGGUCUCCUGCUGAAUGGCCUCGGUUGCCCUGCUCACCGGACCCAGCCCUCACCUCCGCCUGCACUAACCUGGGAGGUCCUAGGGCGCUGGGCCAGAGUAAGGGAGGACGGGUGGAU